GUACCGACUGGUAUUGUACGCCGGCGUCGAGCUAUAUGUUGUUCAAUCACCGACGAGAGCGUGUUUGAAUUAAGCUUCAUCUGUAUAUUCUGGUCCGCGCGAGAAGAGAAGUGAGUUUGUGAGAUCAUUUGUGAAAACGCUCAUCGGCCGAGCCCAGAGGUCGAGAAUGAUCCCGACACUUGUCAUACUGCUACUGUCGUCAGCUGUGGUGAACGGGGACCCAUGUGACGAGUACGAAGCGUUGGACGAACCUAGCAGAAGCACUGGUUCCUUGGCAACAGGUGGAAACGUCCGGUGUGACAGCGGCCUGAGGACCCAGUGGUACCGGUUUGUCAGCCCAGCGGGUGGAGAGAUCCCUACGGACUGCUCUCUACUCGGCCCAAGAAGCUGUUCGACUCUCGGACCUGUUUGGAUGAAAGGUUCCCUUCCUACUCCAACUGAAGAAGAAGUAGUAAGGCAGGCUUGCCGGCUUGGAGUCUGGGGAUGUGAAGAUAACUGCUGGGACAUCAAAGUGAAGAGCUGCCGCCGAGAUGGGGAGACCUACUACGUCUACCUGCUGCCCCCGACACCAGGCUGUCCGGAGGCGUACUGUGCAGGGACCGAAGUUCCUUGUCCAGCCGGUCAGAGUUCAGAAAACUACGGUUUCACUCCUGGAUGUACAGCCGACUUUCCCGACAUAACAACCAACCCACGACUGGCCAACAGCACUAUUGGUGAGCCUCCUGAAGUUAUAAUGUUGUGCAACUUUGACCGUCCACCUUGGGACAACCUGACCAUGGAAGUCAACUGGGCUGCCGACAAUGAGAUUUUCCAUCAGACCACUUUGACAAACGGGGAGCAACGGGCUAUUCUGCGCGAGACAGACCUGUUUAAGGGAAUGGGGAAAACGAUCACUUGCCAGGUUAGAGGAAGAUUUCAAAGUGGAGGAGCCCCGGGGGCCACAGACGUCAGCAAUGAAUUCUUUGCCGGAAUCAAGAUACUGACUGAAAUCGUUGAGGUUGAGGAAAACGGCGACGAAAAGUACAUCGAGCUCCAGCCUACCCUGCCUCUACUCUGCGGUGUCCCUGAAUCAGACUGGCCCUGCGAAAUAUCAGUGCAAGUCGAGUUCAGAGAUGGCGACGACGCAGCCGACCGCCAGUGCCAGGGAAAUUCAGUGUCUGAUGCAUUGUCACCCCAAAACUGCGUAAAACACUUCACGAAGGACGAGUGGAACGGCAUUCUUACGUUCCCGGUGAAGGCAACUCGCGACCUCCAGAUUGACGGUACAAAUAACGGACUGAGAUACAUGAAGGUUCUUACCAGAGAUAAAGACAGACAAGAAACCGUGUGCUCAUCAACCGGCGAUCCGCACUAUACAACAUUCGACGGAAAGAGGUUCCACGUGUACCAGGAGGGUACGUUCGUGCUUUACAGGCACCGAGAACUUCCUAUAGAGGUGCAAACACGGAUGCAGAUCUGCAAUGCUGGACGCGUGACCUGCAACUGUGGUGUGGCCAUCCGAGCCGGAAACGAAGUGUUUAUCCUUACUAGGUGUAGUGGAAGCAGACCGAGGUUCAACUGGGUCUUAGGCAAUUACAACCACGUCGACAUACCGUUAGCUACUGAAGUGGUCCACCACGGGCCUGUUGGCCAGGACACGCGUUUCUACAUUAAAAAUGGCGGAGGAGAAUAUUUGGCUUACUUUCCAACUGGUUCUUGGAUGAAGGUCACCAUGACCGGCAGUCAGAACCAAUAUAUGAACAUCUACAUCUACCCUUCUACUGACGACUUUGGGAAGACUGUUGGACUCUGUGGAACAUUCGACGGUAACAAGGAGAACGACGGGCUCCGCUCAGACCUGACAACAACAGACACCAUACGUGAUAACGCUGUUAUUACAGACACGGCAUUCGUGUACAGCUGGAGGCUUCAAAGGGGCCGAACCUUAAAUGAAGGAGUACUUGAUCCAGCGCCCCUUCUUCUGGAUGAACGUCUCUACUGCACAUGUAAGGACGACCCCGUACUCGGCCAAACAGUCGUCUGCGACUCCACCCUCGCCUACAACUGCCGAUGGGAGGAAGAAAAAAGCCGGGCCGGUGUUCGCCCAGCUCCCGAACAGAGACACGCCCGUACACGACGGAGCACCAGUUACCACGACGAAGUGUUCGACGACGACAUGUUCGCAUUUGACUACGACGAUUCACUGUCUACAGCACCUCCGCCGUCUUGGCCAGCCCCAAACGGAAUGUCUGAAGCCGAGGCCAGGAGGGCGUACUGUGAAGACGUUCUACAGAAGUCACCUUCAGGGGCAGUGUGUUCAUCUGUAAUGGUAGAUUCCGCAGAUCUGAAGGGAGCAGUGGAAGGGUGUGUGGCGGAUAUUCAGGCGACAGGAGACACCUCUUGGGCAGAGAUCGCCGUCACCACAAUGGAAGAAAGUUGUUCUGACAUCCUCUACAAAAACACGACCUUCUGGGCAAACAGCAACAACGACACCAUCAACGGUACUCUGUCUGCCCCGUCCUUUUUCUUCGACACAGUGUCAUGUCCGGGCAACUGCAGCCAGCGAGGCAUCUGUGAGAAGGGACAGUGUGUGUGUGAGGAGGGCUUCGAAGGUCCGUCUUGCUCCAUAGAAUCAGACACACCACCGGAAGCAUUCUUCAUCCCGAAAGAAGGACUGUGUGACAUCAACACCCGGCCGUGCGAACGGACUCCUGUCAUUGGCAAGAACUUCCUGGAGUCGGAAAACUUGACGUGUUCCCUACAGUCUGCAACGGUUGACCAGAGCGGCGUGCACGUUCUUGACGGAAACAUUACCGUUGAGGCGGAGUUUGAGAACUUUGCCCGUGUGGUGUGUCCUCUGCCGCGGUCCCGUGUCAGGAGGAGUACAGCAGCCGGACACAGGACAACAGCCGAGGCGACGCUCGUCUCCAUCAGUAACGACGGUGUGCGCUUCAGCCCGCCGGUCCUGCUCAUCACGUAUGACGCCGUCUGUCAGGACUGCAACGUCACCGGAUUCUGUGUUCUCAGGAACAACUCCUGUGAGAUAGAGGGGACUUGCUAUGCCAGCGGAGACACACAGAUCGGCAAUUGGUGCAAACAGUGCCUCCCGUCAACCAGCGUGUCAGCAUGGAGCGAACGGCAACACAAUGCACCGCCCGUCUUUGAACCAGCCGACAACAUCAUCGCAUUCAUCAACCAUCAGAUGGACUUCACAGUCAAGGCAGCAGACCCGGAAAACCGCCCUCACCUGAGCUACUCAUUUCCCGGCGCCCCUCCCGACCCUGACAUGUCUCUGUCUAGUGACGGCCGGCUGAAGUGGACACCUCGCCGGCAUUCAAACACCAUCAUCGACGUCGUAGCCGUGGAUGAGUGCGGUGCCAGUUCUACGGGGUCUAUCACUGUCCUGGUCCAUGACUGUCCGUGUCAGAAUGGCGGCAUGUGUCCUUCCUUCGCGCUGGACAGUCCUGAUAACAUCAACUGCAGCUGUAACGGUACCGGCUUCACGGGUCAGAUGUGUGACGUGGAUGUGGACGAGUGUGCGGACAGCCCGUGUGUCCAUGGAGUCUGUAACAACACCGUCGGCGGGUUCCAGUGCGACUGUGAGCAGUACUACACAGGUCCUCUGUGUGCCCAGGAGACGCCAUGUUUCUCCAACCCUUGCCCUGACAACGGGACAUGCGCAGACAUCCCCGGCGCCAUCCAGUGUACCAUCUGUCCCGAGGGGUCGCCUUCGGACAGCUCCCUCUGUGUGGUCAUAGAAAUCCCCCUGGACCCGUGCUCGCCCAACCCCUGCUAUGGUGACGUCACCUGUGACGUAGUUGAUGACGUGUACAGCUGCGGACCCUGUCCUGCCGGGAUGACUGGUGAUGGAGUCAGCUGUGUCCAAGUAAUUGGCUGUUCCUCCCAGCCGUGCUACCCGGAAGUGACGUGUACAGAUGUACCAGGUGGACAUGAGUGUGGGGACUGCCCGCAAGGCAUGACGGGAGACGGAAAGAACUGCACUGCCCAGACUGGAGUCACAGACCAACAAGGGUCCAGCUGGUACGAACAGCCCGCUUACAUCGCGCUGCUGUCUGUGGGGGCAGUCGUCGCCGCUGCAGCUCUGAUCGGAGUCGCUGUGUGGCGCGUCAAAGUGAACAAGUACAGGAGCAAGUACAAGAUGGGAGAUCUGCCGCUGCAAGAGAGGAAGAAGACGAAAGCUCCUGACGAUCGCAAAGGCUUUGAGAACCUGGGCCACGAUGGUCCAGAUGCUUAGUGUAGCAGUUGCUUCUUGCUACGAUGCUUCUAACCUCAUACUAAAUGCAUAGUAUAUGAAAAGUACAACGUACAACGUACAAAGUAGAUGAAAAUAACUACUAGAUUUCUGAAGUUGAUGUUACCGUUUGAAAGUGGAAACUUCUCACCACCCUCCGAAAGUAACGCCUGCUAAUUUGUUAAUUUAUCAAGACCUGUGUGUAACCAAAAUGACACAUCCACCCAAGUUGUAUACGAUCUCUACAAAAAUGGACAAAAUCCCGCCUUUGGUAAUGAUUAGAAAACCAUUCCAGAUUUGCAAUGGAAAUUAUACUUCAAUCCGGCCCGUGCAUUUGUAUCUGCAUCACAUUUAGAAUAUUUUAAUCACUUAUUAAUAAGUACCCCAUUUCAAUGGACGUCAAAUAUGUAAGCAAUGUGAGAACGCAAAUAUAUUUCAAUAAAGAUUUAAUGCCAUAUCGUUAGCUCUUACAAAACAUUGUCUACAAAUGUAGUUAAUACAGUGCUUUGAAUUGCAUUAGACCAAGACAAUUGAAAUGCUGUGUGAA